AUGCUGUCCUCCCAGCUGUACCAGCAGGCGGGGCUGAGCGGGCUGAUGCGGACCAACAUGGCGGCUGCCCCGCAGGGCACCCCCUCCUUCAUGGUCCCCGCCGCCAAGGAGAGCAACGCGAUGGGCUUCAUCACCGACCUGGCGGCCGGCGGCGUGGCUGGCGCGCUGUCCAAGACCGUGGUGGCGCCCAUCGAGCGCGUGAAGCUGCUGCUGCAGACGCAGGACAGCAACCCCAAGAUCAAGUCGGGCGAGGUGCCUCGCUACACCGGCAUCAUCAACUGCUUCACCCGCGUGUCGUCUGAGCAGGGCAUCGCCUCCUUCUGGCGCGGCAACCUGGCCAACGUGGUCCGCUACUUCCCCACCCAGGCCUUCAACUUUGCCUUCAAGGACACCAUCAAGGGCAUCUUCCCCAAGUACAACUCCAAGACCGACUUCUGGCGGUUCUUCGCCGUCAACCUGGCCUCGGGCGGCCUGGCCGGCGCCGGCUCCCUCCUCAUCGUCUACCCACUCGACUUUGCCCGUACCCGCCUGGCCGCCGACGUCGGCUCCGGCAAGGGCCGCGAGUUCACCGGCCUGGUGGACUGCAUCUCCAAGACCGCCAAGCGCGCCGGACCCAUCGGCCUGUACCAGGGCUUUGGCGUGUCCGUGCAGGGCAUCAUCGUGUACCGCGGCGCCUACUUUGGCCUGUACGACACCGCCAAGGGCGUGCUGUUCAAGGAUGAGCGCAACGCCAACUUCUUCGCCAAGUGGGCGGUGGCGCAGGCGGUGACCGCGGCGGCCGGCGUGCUGUCCUACCCCUUCGACACCGUGCGCCGUAGGCUGAUGAUGCAGUCUGGCGGCGAGCGCCAGUACAACGGCACCAUCGACUGCUGGCGCAAGGUGGCGGCCAACGAGGGCAUGAGCGCUUUCUUCAAGGGAGCGCUGUCCAAUGUGCUGCGCGGCGCGGGCGGCGCCUUCGUGCUGGUGCUGUACGAUGAGAUCAAGAAGUUCCUCAACCCAGCUGCCAAGCCCAGCGUGGAGUGA